AUGGACUGUGUCUUCACCGCAUAUGUUGGGGUGCAACGACGUGGGGCCCAAACCGAUGAAGGGUUACUGACUGAGAGCGUUAACGCGGCGGUCGAGAGCAUACAGCGAUGGAUUGUUGAGAAUCCAUCCACUGCACCUGCCUCGAUCGAACAAUUUCAGGUCCUUGACGGAGAUGAUGUGCCCAACUCGACAGUUUGGGUGUGUUACUGGAAUGAAGCGAGCAAGUAUGAGGACAGUAUACGACGCUUGAGCCUUGUGAACAUCCAUCAGAAAUUAAAUGCUCCUCAUCGAGAGUCUGUUGGCUUGUGGUGUGAGCGAUUCACCAGCCAUCUGUCGCGUGUCGAGACCAACUAUUCAGGCCUGGACUAUCUACCGGGACUGGCGCGCUUGCCCGGAGUGUCGACUGUAGAACAUACACUGACUGCAUAUUGGGGGGCUGCCCGCGAUCGCAUCCCAGCCUCGGCCACAGAUCGGUUUGCCCAGAACGAAGGACUUGAAAAGACACAGUUGGCACCGGAGACUGCCUCACCGCGCAAGACAAAUGAUUACCACGUAGUAGGCACGAAUCCGGACAACCUCGUCCACAUCCGCUCGGGACAAUUCUGGGCCAACUGCGCAGAGGACGAAACGAAAGCGUACGAAGAGACCCUUGAGCCUACCCUGCGUGCUGGAUUGGCGUAUCUAUGGGAUAAUCCCCAGAAGAGUGGCGCUAUGGGGCUACGGUAUCUCUACAAUCGGCCGCCCUCUUCUGGGGUACUGGAGAAGACGCGUGAGACUAAAGAGUCCUGCGUGGCUGGAUUCUUUCGUAACCUUGCAGACCUUGAACAUUGGGCCAAGUCGCAUCCCUCCCACUUGGCCAUCUAUACUGGAGCCAUAAAGCAUGCAAAGAAGUUCGGAGACCAGCGCAAGUUCCGCACCUGGCACGAAGUUUCAGUGCUGAGACAUGGCGAGGCACAUUUCGAGUACGUCAACUGCAAGGACAGAACAGGUGUUGUUCAGGGAUGCAUUUCACUUGAACAUUUAUAG